AUGGAUCAAAAUGUCAAAGUUUCAAAAGAUGAAGAUGGUGAAGACUUUGAGGCAACAAAGUAUCGAAAGAUCAUUGGUUGUCUACGGUAUCUAUUGCACACACGACCCGAUUUGGCGUUUUCAAUGGGUGUUGCAAGUAGAUAUAUGCAAAAUCCAAAGAAAUCUCAUGCCACGUUAGUCAAGCAAAUUUUGCGAUAUCUGAAUGGCACCAUCGGAUAUGGAAUUGUUUAUACUAAAGGUGAGAACGUGUUAAUUGGCUAUAGUGAUAGUAGCCAUAACAUCGAUCAAGACGAUGGAAGGAGUACCACUGGGCAUGUGUUUUAUCUUGGAGAGUCUCCGAUUACAUGGUGCUCACAAAAACAAAGCACCGUGGCAUUGUCAUCUUGUGAAGCUGAGUACAUGGCAGCUAGUUCAGCUUCUUGCCAAGCUGUAUGGUUAAAGGAGUUAUUCGAAGAACUGAUGGGGUGUAAGACUAAACCCGUGACACUUCGAAUAGAUAACACUUCGGCUAUUGCUCUCGUAAAAAACCCGGUGUUUCAUGGUAGAAGCAAACACAUAAAAUCCAGGUUUCAUUAUAUACGAGAAUGUGUGGACCGAGAAGACAUAAAUGUUGAACACGUGAACGGGGUGGAUCAACGAGCUGAUAUACUUACCAAGGCUCUUGGAAGAAUGAAGUUUAAAGAAAUGAUCAGCAAGCUUGGAGUUGAAGACUUAAAGUGUCCAAACAUUCGGGGGUGA